GACAAUCGAGAGAGCAGGAUUGCUAAGCCUGCGAAGCCUAUCAGCGUGUGCUGGUGUUUCUUUUGCUGACUGCAUGAAGAUACCGUGUUUUUCUGCGUCUGUGAACUGCUGCCUGGUGAUAAGAUGUUCUUUGUUCACUGAACAUUGGCGUAGUGAAUAACCUACAAGCCCUCCCAACGGAGCAGUUCUGCGGGCCCAACUGCCAUCGCUAUUGACAAUGUACCGGAGGUUCGAGUGUUUUCGUUCUCCAAGGACGAUCAGAAAGCCAAGUGGGAGCGUGCCGUUCAUCGGGAUGGAAUGGAUGUGCAUUCGCUGUGUAAUUCCGAGCUACGGAGGACGAGGUCGCCAAGCCGAGAGAAACUACCUGAUAACUACGGGCCUUGUCUUCGCUUAAAUAGUCGGAGUAACGCCAGCUGUGACCGUCCUCUCUUCAAAUGCGAGAAGCGAGAAGCUCCAAGCAGUUCUCGAAGAUCAGAAGACACAUCUGUAGCUGGAACAAGUGUGCCCAAAGCCACCGUAGUGAAGUCAAACACUACUCUCAGCAUAGGGAUACCGAGAAGUGUUGACACGCUAAUUACGGAGAGGCGUUUCCGGGAAUCGGCCAGCCGUGCGACUGGCUCGCUCUGUAAAAGCUUCAACGAACAAUGCAGUGUUGCUUUAGAAGCAGUAGCCUUAUCAAGACACAGAGGAAGUACCGAGAUAGGCCCAGUGAUACCACGGUGUCACGAAGAUUUGAAUGAACCAACAUGGCAAUGGACUCCUAAUGAGACCACGUGUGCAGGCACGGCUCCUACGGGUGGCCAACUUCUCGUGUCUGAACCGUUACCAUGCCAGAACGACGAAAACGCUGCGAAAGUCCACCAGCGAUUCCCGGCCGGCAUUCACAGAAGGCUCGUACCAAGAAAAAUGCAUACAGGGCGUUUCGAAAAUGACCUUUCAGAGUCAUCGUUUACAGAGUGCGCGGUUCCUCCAGAACUAAUGCGUGAGCUGGUACAUUCGAGCCUGUAUCCUAAGCAUUUACCAGCGACUGAUCAUGUUGGUUCCCGAAAAGCACGCACAACGCCGGAUAUCAAUGUUUACCAUCAGGGGUCACGGAUUAUUUCCAAGCCUGGUGUGCAGCUACAAGCCACGACGGUAGAAAAGUUUGGACCAUCCGGGCAUCCAGCUGGCUGGCAUGAAACUCAGGUGCUGACGGUACUCGUCUCCAAUCUGACAGCCAGAGGUGCACUGUCAGCAGAAGAAAUGGACAGGGAUAGCGUGAGACUUUUCUCCAAGCCAACUACGAGUGCGGGCAUUUCACCGACUGGGACGAGAGCAGGGCCAUCAUCCACAGGCAAGAUGCCUACAGAAAUCGCCAGUGCCAAAGCGGGCGCAGCUUCUAGCACUUUUCCUACGGCCAUGACGUCCCGGGGCCCUGGUGUGAUGUCACAAGCCCCUGUGAUAGGAAGAGCAAAUGGCGUCGUCAGGACCGGUGUCGGUGCGACUAGCGUCGCAACCCCUGGAUACGCAACGUCCCUGGUUUCAGCAGGGGUAUGUGUGCUAUCUGUUUACAGUUAA